AUGACUAAAAUCAGGGAAAAGUAUUGGAUACCGCAAUUGAGGCGACUGACGAAACGGCUGAUACGCAAGUGCCACAGGUGUAAAAGAUUCCAGGUUAAGGCGUAUGCAGUUCCCCUGACAGCUAACUUGCCUCUCGAAAGAACCACCGGUUCGACACCAUUCCAAGUCAUCGGAGUUGACUUUGCGGGACCAAUCAGAUAUUUAAGUAAAGCAAAGAAAGAGAAGAAGGCUUACGUAGCGUUGUAUGCUUGUAGUUUAACCAGGGCGGUUUAUCUCGACCUAUUGCCAAAUCAAAGUACAGAUGAGUUUUUACUCAGUUUGAAGCGGUUUAUCGAAAGGAAGGGACGUCCAGAAAAGGUAUUUUCUGACAAUGGUAAAACCUUUUUAGCUGCUGCAAAAUGGCUACGAAGAGUUCAAAAGGAUGAGAAAUUCAACAGUUGGUUAGCAAAACAAGAUAUCAAGUGGAAGUUCAACUAG